AGUGAUGAUAUUCAGAUAAACAUUUCAAUUACGGAAAUGUUAAAAUUGCAAAAGAAAACUGAAGAUUCGAAAUUUGCAGUGUUCUUGGACCACAGGAAACUGAUAAACGAAUCAUAUGGCGAAUUUAAGAUCAAGUCCGAACUGUUCCAGUUCCAUGCCAAAAAGACUGACCAAGGAAAUGAGGAAGCCAAGACCAGGAAGCGCAAAAGGAAAGCCGGCGUAGAAGAUCCGUCGUCCUUGGAGGAUUUACACUUAGUGAAUGGAUAUCUAGAACUUCUGAGCAUGCCCCCUGAACUGGGGGACAGUCCACCGAUAGAGAGGCACUGGGAGGAUGACUACAACGUGCCGCAGUUGCAUGGUGCCAACGAAAGUGGACGGAUGCAGCGGUUCCUGGGAGUUGAUGGAUCCCGUGGCGUGUACUUGAUUCCCAAUCAAUCCCGAUUUUUCAACCACAAUGUGGACAAUCUGCCAGCACUGCUGCACCAACUUCUGCCCGCCUACGAUCUCAUCGUGCUGGAUCCUCCGUGGCGGAAUAAGUACAUCCGCAGGAUAAAGCGGGCCAAGCCGGAGCUGGGAUACUCGAUGCUGAGCAAUGAGCAACUGUCGCACAUACCGCUCUCCCAGCUCACGCACUCACGGUCACUGGUGGCCAUCUGGUGCACCAAUUCGACGCUGCAUCAGUUGGCCCUGGAGCAGCAGCUCUUGCCCAGAUGGAAUCUGCGCUUGCUCCACAAGCUCCGAUGGUACAAACUAAACAUAGACCAUGAACUGAUUGCUCCUCCGCAGUCGGAUCUCACCCAGAAGCAGCCAUACGAGAUGCUCUACGUGGCCUGUCGCUCCGAUGCUUCUGAGAACUAUGGAAAUGAUAUCCAGCAGACCGAGCUGCUCUUCAGCGUGCCCAGCAUUGUGCAUUCCCACAAGCCACCACUGCUGUCUUGGCUGAGGGAGUACCUUCUGUUGGAUGAGGACCAGAAGGAACCAAACUGCCUGGAGCUUUUUGCCCGAUAUCUGCAUCCCCACUUCACUUCAAUUGGCUUAGAAGUGCUCAAACUAAUGGACGAAAGGCUAUAUGAAGUAGAACAUUGCAACCAGGAGGUAAAUUAGCUACGCCUAAUUAUUGUAUUUAAUUUUUACAAGUACCUCAUUAAAUAAGGGAUUUAUAAGCAUUUA